AUGGGUGUUGAACUCGCAGGAAAUGGCCCUGGAGAGCCGCCAAUGAACCCAGAGAUUGCGGUUCCUCUGUUCGUCGUGGGUGGGUUCCUCGCCAUGAUAUUUAUAUAUCGGUCUAUCAUUCGGGUGAGAGAUCGUCGACGAAAGAAUAUGGCCUUACAAGGUGACGAUCAGACGCAGCUCUCCAUGACAAAUGGGUCCAUUGCCAGCUUGAAGAAGCAUCUGCUGUAUGCACCGCUUUGGGGCUCGCGACAUAGCCGGGAAUUUCGGUUCCUUCGACUUCAUAUGGGAUCAAUUCCACUGCGGCUGGAAGUGAUCCUCUUGUUGAUUUACCUUUCCCUUAACAUCAUCUUUGUCUUUGUGACUGUGGAUUGGUGGGAGACGUACCCCAAGAAAAUGUUUCAGUUGAAGUACGCUGCAGGUCACUUGGCUGUGAUGAAUACCCCUGGUUUGGUUCUCAGUGCUGGUCGGAAUAACCCUCUGGUAAUGAUGUUGGGUCUUUCGUUUGAUACGUUCAACUUCAUGCACCGAUGGGUUGGAAGAGUUAUUGCGGCGAAUGCUGUCAUACAUAUGAGUGCUGUUCUCGCGAAUCAAGCCUAUAUGCAUGGCACGGAUUACAUUCUAUACACAAUUUGGCAAAUGCCGUUCUAUAUUUACGGCCUUGUGGCAAUCCUGGGCUUCGUCUUCAUUUUCAUACAAUCAUUGUCGCCGCUCCGACACUCCUUCUACGAACUGUUCCUGCACCUACACAUAGCCUUGGCUGUCAUGUCUUUUGUUGCCCUUUGGUACCACCUCAAGAACCUGCUUCAGCAGCGAGUGCUAUUUGGAACCCUCGUUCUUUGGGGUCUAGACCGCGUCAGCCGAGUUCUCAUUCUACUCUGGCGAAACUGUGCCAAGCGUCGCACAACUGCCACUGUCGAAGCUUUACCAGGCUCGGUCGCAAAGGUUGAGGUGGAAGUUGCUCGUGCCUGGAAAUUCCGACCGGGUCAGUACAUGUAUCUCUACAUGCCGUGUCUGGGACUGUGGACAUCACAUCCAUUCACCGUUGCAUGGGCAUCGACUGGCGAUUCAAGUUUGAGUCACAAUGAGAAGCGCAGCUCAAGUGAUUCGCUCGCUGCACUUCUCGGUGGCUCUGAGACUACUACCAUGUCUGUCCUUAUCAAGGGACAGGAUGGAUUUACGAAAAAGCUUCUACAGAAGGCAGAGGAUUCUCCCGAGGGAAGAAUUCAGGCUAUGGCAUUAGCAGAAGGGCCAUUCGGUGGUCUCCACUCAUUAAAAUCAUACGGGACCCUCCUGUUGAUCGCUGGCGGUAUUGGAAUCACACAUCCAAUGUCCUACCUCCAUGAGGUAGUCACAAACUUCACAUCCCGGACUUCCGCAACGCGGAAAGUCCACUUAGUCUGGAUGAUCCGAAGUCUAGAUCAUCUAUCCUGGAUCCAAACAUGGAUGCUCGAUGUUCUAAGCCAUGACGCGCUAAACACGUCAAUUAACCAGAAGGGCGAUACCUACUUUCAAUUCCCAGGUCUAAUGCUCUCCAUUCGCGUUCAUGUUACAGGCCACAAGGAAGACAUUGAAGAGUACAUUCCUGUACCUGAGACACCUUGGACAGAUGCUGCUCCUGCUAAUGUGCCAGUAAGUGUGGAAUAUGGCAAGCCGUGCUUCAACACUCUACUGGAGAAUGAGAAAGCGGAGCAGGUCGGUGCGUUGGCGGUUAGCGUUUGUGGCCCUGGUGGCCUCGGUGAUAGUGUCCGUGAGGCUGUUCGCCGUGUACAAGGCGAGAAGACGGUUGAUCUCUUUGAGGAGUCAUUCUCUUGGUGA